AUGGGCCUUGCACGACCGCUUCGUUUUCUUUUAGCGACCUGCUUCGUUCUUACCCUUUUUCUCAUCUUCCAUGUCUCCAAAUCACCCCCGACUCUGACUAGAGAAAAGGGGAAUUACGACAAUGGGCUGCUACGAGAACCGCUUCUAGAUCCUACCGGAGAGCCUCCUGAGCCACUUUGGCGGGCAAAAGAUGAUGCGUAUGCGCCCGGCAAUCCCAACUCUGCUCGCAUCAAUGCGACGCUCCUCUCCCUAGUUCGGAACGAAGAAUUGGAGGAGUUGGUAUUGACGAUGAGGGAUCUGGAAAGGACAUGGAAUAGCAAGUUCAAUUAUCCUUGGACUUUUUUCAAUGACAAGGAGUUUACGGAAGAGUUCAAAAUUCGAACCCAAGCAGAAACGAAAGCGAAAUGCAAUUACGAAUUAAUCCCAAAAGAGCACUGGGAUGUGCCCGAUUUCAUUAAUAUGGACCUCUACGACGAAUCCUCCAAAAUCCUCGAGGAGAAAAAUAUACAAUACAGCAACCUGAUGUCAUACCAUCAAAUGUGUCGCUGGAACAGUGGCAUGUUUUACAAGCACCCAGCUUUGGAAAACGUGCAGUACUAUUGGCGAGUUGAACCUAAGGUCCAUUUCUUCUGCGACGUCGAUUAUGACGUGUUCCGCUACAUGCAAGACCACAACAAAACUUAUGGCUUCACCAUCAAUCUCUAUGAUGCUCCUGAAAGCAUUACUACUCUAUGGCCACAGACACUUAAGUUCCUCGAGGCACACCCAAAUUACCUACAUAAAAACAAUGCAAUGGACUGGCUAGUGGACAAUAAGCAAAGACCAAAACAUCACAAGGACGCGAACGGCUAUUCCACCUGUCACUUCUGGUCCAACUUCGAAAUCGCGGAUAUGUCCUUUUAUCGAAGCCAGGCCUAUGAGGAUUAUUUCAACCAUUUGGAUCGUGCUGGAGGCUUCUUCUAUGAAAGAUGGGGAGAUGCACCCGUACAUUCUAUCGGCCUCGGCCUAUUCGAAGACAAGAGUAAAAUCCAUUGGUUCCGUGACAUCGGCUACCAACACAUCCCAUACUUUAACUGCCCGAACUCUCCGAAAUGCAAGGGCUGUACGCCAGGGAAGUUUUAUGCCGGUGAACCUUUCCUUCAGUUAGAAGAUUGCCGACCAAACUGGUUCAAAUAUGUGGGGACUGAUUGA